AGCACACGUAAUCAGCCAAAGAACACGGAAUGAAAGGGAAAACCUAAGAAGUAACGGAAAGCAGUGAGAGGGAGUGGAGAUCUCCAAUUCUCCCUUUUGUUCUCUCUCCUUCUCUUCACGUUGAAUCUUGCCGGUGGAAGCGGCGGCAGUGGCUAUGGCUCCGGUGUCGGCGCUCGCCAAGUACAAGCUGGUGUUCUUAGGGGAUCAGUCUGUGGGGAAGACCAGCAUCAUCACUCGUUUCAUGUACGAUAAGUUCGACAACACCUACCAGGCUACUAUUGGGAUUGAUUUUCUUUCAAAAACAAUGUAUUUGGAGGAUCGAACUGUUCGACUGCAGCUUUGGGAUACUGCAGGGCAGGAGAGGUUCAGGAGUCUGAUACCAAGCUAUAUUCGUGACUCCUCUGUUGCAGUCAUUGUGUAUGAUGUUGCAAGUCGUCAAUCUUUCCUGAACACAUCAAAGUGGAUAGAUGAGGUCCGCACAGAGAGGGGCAGUGAUGUUAUCAUUGUCCUUGUUGGAAACAAAACUGACCUUGUUGAUAAAAGACAAGUUUCCAUAGAGGAAGGGGAGGCAAAAUCACAAGAACUUGGCGUUAUGUUCAUUGAAACAAGUGCCAAAGCUGGUUUCAACAUAAAGGCACUGUUCCGAAAGAUCGCGGCAGCCUUGCCGGGGAUGGAAAAUCUUUCCUCAACAAAGCAGGAAGACAUGGUCGAUGUGAAUUUGAAAUCUAGCAAUGCAAGUUCAUCGCAGUCACAGGCUCAAUCUGGUGGGUGCAGUUGUUGAUUUCAGAACAUACCAUACAGUUAAAUUGUGUUUUGUUUUCUCAUAGAACAAUCACUGAAGUAAAUGGGCUUCUUCUGCUUUUUACUAAAUCUUUGCUCUGUCCAACUAAGAAGUCCAAUGCCGCUCUUUCUACUUAACAUGUUCGUCUUGAUUUCUGUAACUAUUUGUGUAUCUAGUUGCUUAAGUAGCUGCUAAUAGUUAUUCUAGAUAUUUUUGCUACAUAUUUUCACCUGAAAUGGGAACCUAUAAUUGGCCUUCGUGUAGAGCAGAUUGCCAAUGCAUCAAUGUUAGAGAUAUUGUUCGAUAAAUGGAGUAACUUUAUGAUCAAUUUUUAUA